CCCAGUUACAGUCUACUUCUCCGUGAAGAUUCCUUUUUUCUUCUCCACCUGAGAGCCCCAGUGUUGGGUGAAGAGGCCUCGGCGGAGGGAAAUUCAUUCAGGCGACUGCCCUGGCCAUCCGCUUCCUCUUCGUGCCUCGGCCCUGCCCGGGGGCCUGCGAGUGUCAUUGGUGAAUGACCGCAGCCCUUGCUGCCGCCGCUGCCACUGCAACCAUGGCCUCCGGCAGCCCCGGCCUCACCACCGCCCGCCUCCUCUUGCGCUCCUUCCUCCUGCAACAGAAUGGAAUUCGGCAUUCUUCCUAUACAACUUCCCGGAAACAUCUCUAUAUUGAUAAGAAUACGAAGGUUAUUUGCCAGGGUUUCACUGGUAAGCAGGGCACCUUUCAUAGCCAGCAGGCAUUGGAAUAUGGCACCCAACUAGUUGGAGGAACCACUCCAGGGAAAGGAGGCAAGACGCACCUGGGCUUACCAGUGUUUAAUACUGUGAAGGAGGCCAAAGAACAGACAGGAGCGACAGCUUCUGUCAUUUAUGUCCCUCCUCCUUUUGCUGCUGCUGCCAUUAAUGAAGCUAUCGAUGCGGAAGUGGGCUUGGUUGUGUGCAUUACUGAAGGUAUCCCACAGCAGGACAUGGUGCGAGUCAAGCACAGACUGCUGCGCCAGGGGAAGACAAGGCUGAUCGGGCCAAACUGCCCUGGAGUCAUCAAUCCUGGAGAAUGCAAAAUUGGCAUCAUGCCUGGCCAUAUUCACAAGAAAGGAAGAGUUGGUAUCGUGUCCAGAUCUGGCACCCUGACUUAUGAAGCGGUUCACCAAACUACACAAGUUGGAUUGGGGCAGUCGUUGUGUGUUGGCAUUGGAGGUGAUCCUUUUAAUGGAACAGAUUUUAUUGACUGCCUUGAAAUCUUUCUGAAUGAUCCAGCCACAGAAGGCAUCAUAUUGAUUGGUGAAAUUGGUGGUAAUGCAGAAGAAAAUGCUGCAGAAUUUUUGAAGCAACAUAACUCAGGUCCCAAGGCCAAGCCUGUGGUGUCCUUCAUUGCUGGUUUAACAGCUCCUCCUGGCAGGAGAAUGGGUCAUGCAGGGGCGAUUAUUGCUGGAGGAAAAGGUGGAGCUAAAGAGAAGAUCUCUGCCCUUCAGAGUGCAGGAGUUGUGGUGAGCAUGUCUCCUGCGCAGCUGGGAACCACCAUCUACAAGGAGUUUGAAAAGAGGAAGAUGCUAUGAAAGAGAAAACAACCAACACUUUGCUAAGCCUGUGGAAUGAAUCAUCAUGGAAAUGUGAAGCAGCAGCAGUCCGCGUCUGCCUCCACUGAUUGUCAGCCCGCUGGUCCUUCAGCACAGCGGGCAGCCAAAACGGAGUUAGGUGUCCUGUGUUGGUGCUUUCACCUCAUCGUGUAGCAGGCGCAGCCAAUAAAAUCUACCAUUUGAUUUGAA